AUGGGAGCAGGAGCAGCCUUCGCUAGACGACUGUCCUCAGUUUCUGGUUCCCCUACGGGGAUUGUGCCUUUUGCUCCCCUUCCGCCGGCGGACAGUCCCGAACUGGAGACUUUUGAGAACGCGGAAAACUCUUUCCCUCAACAGGAGGCGCCAGCGGGUACAUCGUCGAGAGCUGCGGAACAGCCGGAACCCCGGCAGGGUGUCUCGGCAACGACACUGUUGGCAAGGCGGACCCUAGAGGAGAUGAGCAGCGUGGGAAAAGGCAUUGGUUUAUAUCUUCAUGGGAUCAUAUUCAGGGGGCAAAUCAUUUGGCAGAAGAGCGUGCUUGACAAAAUUAAAGCCAAUCUAGACGUUUUGAACUUCGUCGAGAGGUUCCAGCCGCAGUUCGCACCGAGUCGUCGGGAGCUGCUGGAGGAACUAGACAUGUGGCAGGAUACAAUGCAGAGGGUUACCCAGGAACAACAAGCAUUGUUACUGUCCCGGCAACAACCGCCAGAUUUACUCUCCAGUCCGUCGCAAACUGCGGAUGCGUCUGGCAGUGCCGUCCCCCAGUCCCCCGGCUCCCAGCAAAUACAGCCGGAAACUAUGCGUGGUGAAUCCCCCUCAUAUCAGCAGCUUCCUCAGGAUAUGCCAUUCCGUUUUGGCGAGCCUGGCGGUUUCGUCGCAUUAAGCGAUGAGGAGAAACCUGGGCAACCAACAGCCGCGGCGCCCCACCAAGACCCGGCUGCGCUAGUGGAACGGGAGGAGCACAGCAUGAUGACCACUGGCGGCUUGCGGCCGGCGUCGGCUCCUGCAGUUGCGCAGUCAAAUACUGCAGAAGUCGGGCAGAACGGACUAACAGCUACACAGGAGAUCGAUUUGCCAUUGCUCCAUCGAGCGCAGUCCCUACCUUUUCCUGAAGUGGCGCAUCAUGAUGGUGGGGUUCCAGCAGCGCUGACAAUUAGCGAAGAGGGACUUAAGGACGCCUCUCGCUGCUACAGUUUUAUUCCCGAUAUGGAGGCCCACCCACAGGAAUUGGAGGUAUCUCCUGAAUCUAUCGCAGAUGCGCCCGGCGACGCACAUGGUAAAAAGAUUGUAGCAAGUUUCAGCGAAAGACACAAUGAGAAUAACGUCGUGGGGUCUGAAGGAAGUACAACGCUUCUGCGUGGUCACAGCCUUGAUGAGGCCACGCCCAGGCGCGCAAUAGAGGAGCCGGAAGUUAUACAUGCACGUAGGUGGGAUUCUCCAGAGAAGCGUAUUUUCUUGUCGUGUGUUGAGACUCACACAGACGCGCGCGCCCCCUCUUUUCACGACGGAGCGCCCGCAGCACCUGUGGCGGGUGUGACUCUGGGUAAACAGCAGACACAGGCUGGGGGCGGAAACGAGCCGCACUUGGCGCAAGACGUAGAUGGUACGAGAGUCCCACUGGGGCAGGACGAUGGUUCAAGGGUGGUUCCGUCGCCUCUCGGGCGGGCAGCAUCUGGUGGAACUCCAGACGGGUUGGCGGACACGCCCCGUGGCCAUGAGACAGCCUCCAUGCAUGCGACCGCCCCCCAUGAUUUGGCGCCUCGUUUUUACGGAGCGCCCGACACCGGAUAUGCUUCUUCUGUCGCAGCUGCAAAGACCUACCCUGACGGAGGACCGAGCUUCUACGGGCAGCGAAUACUAAUGCCUACUAGGGUUGCCGCUGAAGUGAGGUCGCUGGAUCUGUAUCUAUCCAUGUUCCAAGGCACGUUUCAAAAGUGCGGAUCACUAUUGUCGCGAGCACUUCUGGAAGAUGACAGCCGAGAACUCACCUGGUUCUUCCAUCAUGUACUUCCCGUCCUAAUCUUCAUUAACCGCAUCUGGGUCCUCGUAUUGACUAGUCAGCAUCGCCGCGGCGUACGGACACCUGCGUCAACCGAGCGGCAGCUGCAAAAGGUUCGAUCAAUUGUUUUCGAUAUACGUAUCGUUGACGAAGCGUUUUUGCACGCAAUUCAGUCGAAGGACGACGGCGCCGUUGCCGAGAAUCGUGGUUUCGAACCACUCGUUUCCCAAGAGUAUAGAAAGCCGAAAGUACGUGGCAGAUCUCAGAAAUCAAAGAAGGACAAGGCUCGGGUUGAGGGCACGCGUGUGGGUGCUGCGAUUGAGUUUGCGAAAACGCAGCUUUCCACACCGUGGGUUGUCGGUCUUCUCACGUUCGCCUCCCUGGUUGGACUCGAUCACUACGGCUGGAACUGGUACUAUUACUAA